GGCGCCCUCUCGCGCCUCUUAAGGCGGCGCGCGAGGCGGGGGCGCGCGCAGUGCUGAGGUGAUGGCGCGCGGCAGCAGGAGCGUAGGGAGGGCGGCGCCGCCGCCGCCGGCGGCCCCCGCACCGGCCCCGGCAAGCCCGGCUCCGGUGGCGCAGCCGGCGCAACCCGGGUUGAUGGCGCAGAUGGCCAGCACGGCGGCCGGCGUGGCCGUGGGUUCCGCCGUGGGACACGUCGUGGGUAACGCUCUCACCGGAGCCUUCAGCGGCGGCUCCUCCGAACCGGCCAAAGCGGCGGCUCCCGUUCAGGAGCCCCGGCAGCAGCCCGUGUACCAGCAGUCGCCCUAUGGACCCUGCCACUAUGAGAUGAAGCAGUUCCUGGAAUGUGCCACCAACCAGAGAGACCUGACCUUGUGCGAGGGCUUCAAUGAGGCGCUGAAGCAAUGCAAGUACAGCAACGGUGUUUCUUCUCUCCUGUGAAGAAUCUGCCCUCUCAUAGGGAAAAGGAGCCUGGUGUGGAGCCCCACUGCCCGCAGGGAGUGGAAGGACGGACAGGGGAUGAGCUGGAGGGAACAGACUGACCAGACAGGAGUCUUCUAGUGGUAAUUCACUUCUGGACUAGGAGGGAAAGAAAGGAAUGGUUGGACCUGUGGGAGCUUGAAAUUCAGAUAGUGCUGUAUUUACUACAGAGAAAUAAAGGAGUUUAUUUGGACCGAU